CACCCACUACCCCAUCGGCGACGGUGGUAGUUCAAUUGUCUAAGUUUUAGCCAUUACUGUCGCAGUCGACUGAACACGCGACCACUAGAGAUUCGACGUGAAUAUUACACCGUUUUUGAUGUUAUGGCUGCAGUAUUGCAACAACAAUAUUAAAUAACACACAAUGUUGAGCCGGAUCUACUUGUAGUCUAUACAUAUAAAUCGUAAUCGGCAGACAAGACAUUAAACUACCCUCGCUGCACUCAUUUGUACUAUAGUUGUACCAUAUUCAUCAAAAUAUAUCCACCCACCGCGUAACAUUAUCGUGUACCCUCCUUAAUAUAGCCCCCAAAAACAGACGCGUCGUCAUCAUGCCAGCGGCCGAUGAGCAGUGACGUGAGCAGGCGAUUCUCGUCGGCCGUCGGCGGCGGCGGCGGUGGCAGCGGAGGCUGCAAGAAAAUGCGGAAACGGAAGGAGCUGGAUGCGUUGACCGGCUGUACGGUGGUUGGCGUUAACCGAAACCGCAGACUGAUGACUUGCUCAUCCGACUCGGACUCGUGUUCAUCGUCUCGGGCGCCGCCUACGCCCAUAAAGCUACGGCGGCAGAUCACACGCAGGCGGAAACGGACGUUUGUUGCUGACACCUGGUGCAGCGCCCUAAGGAUGUUCUUAACGUUCGGCUGCGUCGUGUGGGUCGUAUUCGAGACUUACACAUUUCUUGACGUACGCAAGAUCCAAGCGCAUCUGCAAAUGCAACUCGACGAAGUUGCUGCUGGCAAUCGUGGUGUUCCAGAUGACCUACAGAAAUGUCAUGCUAUGUCUAAACAGCUUCAACAAAACCAGACCGAUAUCUAUCAACGUCUAACAGUGUACGAUGGACAGAUCACAAACUUAACACUACAGGUUGCUAAUUUGGGUUCAAGGUUAUCAUUAGUUGAGAAAAAAAUCAAUGAAAACACGGACUUGUUAUCAAAUCCAGAUGCCACAAAAGACCCAUCUAUAAAAGUCCUAUCAUCAGAAGUUGCGAAACUCGGUAGCACUUAUCAAGACUUAAGUGGCAGUGUUAAAUCGCUCAAAGAUACUACUAGUUCAUUACAGUCAUACCAAACAACAUUGAAAGCAAAUAUUACUUCAAUAAGUGAGAAAUUAAAUAAUGUCGGAAAUAUUAAAACUGAUGAAACUAUGAUCAAUAAUGUGUCUGGAAAGUUACAUGAGCUAAUUGAAAAUAUAAGUUUGAAUGUUACAACCUUGAACCGAACACUUACCAGCCGAAUCGAUUGGUUAUCUGGAGAUCAAAAAACCAACAGGGGAGAAAUAGAAAAAUUGAAAGAGGACAGUCAGAAAUUAAUCGCUCAAGUAAAAACAGUUGACACUAAAUUAACGACAUCAUUUAAUGAAGUGAACUCAAAAGUUAUAUCUCUAAGAACUCAAAUUGACAAGAUUGCAACUAAUGUUACCAGUUUACAUGCUCAAUCAAAUUUCGAUGACUCUCUAACAGGUUCAGGUCAAUUAAAAGGUGAUAAAAAUGGAACUCAGACAAAAUCCUAAUAUUAGUAUUUGUUGUGUUUUAUUGUAUGUGCACAAUACUGUUGAAUAAUUUUGUUUUAUUAUUUCUUAAAAUAAUAGUUUAAAUGUUUACGUUUAUAUAAUGAGUCUUAUUUUGGUAUGAAUUUGAUUUACAAUAAAAAAAAAAAAUAAAAAAAUGUACCUAUAAAUAAUUUGUUUAAUAUAUUUGAAUGGACU